ACGCGCCUGGCGCUCCCUCGCGCCGCGCCCCGCCGCCCCUCCUUCCCUCCCCUCCCCGCUGCUCUCCGCUCCCGGUGGGCCGCGGACGGCGGGCCCGCCUCCGCCAUGGUGCUGGAGUCGGUGGUGGCGGAUCUGCUGAACCGCUUCCUGGGCGACUAUGUGGAGAACCUGAACAAAUCCCAGCUCAAGUUGGGCAUAUGGGGGGGUAAUGUGGCACUUGACAACUUACAAAUAAAGGAGAAUGCGCUAAGUGAGCUGGAUGUGCCUUUCAGAGUCAAAGUUGGCCACAUAGAUAAACUGACUCUGAAGAUUCCUUGGAAGAACCUGUAUGGUGAGGCAGUUGUUGCAACUCUAGAGGGCUUAUAUCUUCUUAUAGUUCCUGGAGCAAGCAUUAAAUAUGAUGCAGAGAAGGAAGAAAAAUACUUGCAAGAUAAUAAACAAAAGGAGUUGGCCAGAAUUGAGGAAGCCUUGCAGAAAGCAGCCGAAAAAGAUAAACCGAAGGAGGAGAAGAAGGAUACUUUCUUGGAAAAGCUUGCAACUCAAGUUAUAAAAAAUGUCCAAGUCAAGAUCACAGGCAUUCAUGUUAAAUAUGAAGAUGAUAUUACAGAUCCACAGUGUCCAAUUUCUUUGGGAAUGACAUUGGGCGAGCUUAGCUUAUUGACAGCAAAUGAGAACUGGAAACCUUCAAUCCUAAAUGAUGCUACAAAAAUAAUUUACAAGCUGUUAUGCUUGGACAGCCUCAGUGCUUACUGGAAUGUACACAGCAAAAUGUACUAUCGUGGCUCCCAUGAACAAAUACUGGAUCAACUGAAAAGAGGAAUCCCGUGUGGUGAUAACCAGCCUCAAGACUACCAGUACAUUUUUAGACCAAUAUCAGCCUCUGCAAGAGUCUUUAUCAACCCAAAUGCAGAAGUAGAACUGAAAACUCCCAAGCUUGAUUGUAAUGUAGAAGUACAGAGGAUUGCUAUUGAACUCACAAAGCCACAGUACCUCAGCAUGAUUGACCUUCUGGAGUCCAUAGAUUACAUGGUUCGCAACGCACCGUACAGAAAGUUCAGGCCAAAUGUAUCUCUCCAUAAAAAUGCCAGGCAGUGGUGGAAAUACGCAGGUGACAGUGUUCUUGAAGUUCACAUAAAAAGACGUACUCGUAUGUGGUCAUGGAAUAACAUAAAACAGCAUAGGCAGCUUCUGAAGACUUACAAAAAUGCGUACAAGAACAAACUGACACAGAGCAAACCAUCAGAAGAAACACAGAGACAAAUUCAGGAACUAGAAAGAAAGCUUGAUGUCUUCAAUAUAGUCCUAGCAAGACAACAGGCGCAAGUUGAGACAAUAAGAUCAGGACAGAAAUUACUGAAGAAGAAAGCCACUGAAGCUGAGAAAAAAAGUGGAGGAUGGUUUAGUGGUUUCUGGGGUAAGAGAGAAUCUCGAAAAAAGGAAGAUGAGGAAUCAUCUGUUCCUGAAACUAUCGAUGAACUAAUGACACCAGAAGAGAAGGCUAAACUUUUUACUGCUAUUGGUUAUAGUGACAGCUCCUAUCACCUUUCCUUACCAAAACAGUACAUCGCCCAUAUUGUGACAUUGAAGCUGGUAAGCACUUCUCUUACAAUCAAAGAAGAUGAGAAUGUGGCAGAAACUCUUAAAGUACAGAUCAUUGAUUUGAGUACAAACAUAUCACAACGUCCAGGAGCACAAGCCAUUAAGGUGGAAGCAAAGCUUGAAAACUGGUAUGUUACAGGCCUGAGACAAGAAAAUGUUGUACCAUCACUUGUGGCUUCCAUUGGGGACAGCAAGUCUUCUCUACUUAAGAUAGAGUUUAAUAUUAACCCAGAAGAUAGUACUGCUGAUCAGAGUCUCAGUAUUGAAUCACAGCCUGUGGAAAUAAAAUACGAUGCAAAAACUAUAAAUGCGAUGGUAGAAUUCUUUCAGACAAGUAAGGGAAUGGAUCUUGAAAGAUUAACAUCAGCCACAUUAAUGAAGCUCGAAGAAAUCAAGGAAAGAACUGCUACAGGAUUAGUUCAUAUUAUCGAAAUGAGGAAAGUCCUUGACUUGAAGAUUCACCUGAAACCUUCCUACCUUGUGGUUCCACAGACAGGUUUCUAUCAUGAAAAUUCAAAUUUGCUGAUUUUGGACUUUGGUACAUUUCAGCUGAACAGCAUAAAUCAAGGCAGUAGUGAAGCUUCUAGUUUUUCAUCUUUAGAGGAGAUUAUGGACAAAGCUUAUGACAAGUUUGAUGUGGAAAUAAAAAAUGUGCAACUUCUUUUUGGAAAAGCAGGUGAAGACUGGAAGAAGGCUCGUUUUCAGCGUUCAUCAACUUUGCAUAUGUUACAGCCUAUGGAUAUUCAUAUACAGCUGGCUAAAUCAAUGGUGGAAAAAGAUACUAGAAUGGCAAAGUUUAAAGUGUCAGGGGGGCUUCCUUUAGUGCACAUCAGGGUUUCUGACCAGAAAAUGAAGGCAAUUUUUGAUCUGAUUGAUAGCAUUCCAGUGCCUCAGACAUCAUCUGUGUCAAUUCCAAGCACAAAGGCAGCAACUAUUCCCACAAUUCCUGUUGAUGCCAAAGGGUUGCUUACUACACACCACUUGUUAGCAGAAAUGGUGUCAGACUCUGAAGAAGAAUAUUUCGAUUUUGAAGAAAGUUGUGAACAAAGUGAUAGGACACUAAGUAAAGGAGAAGAAAUAGGAAGUAAGGAACCUGCUAAAGAGGAACUGACAGAUCUUCAACUGAAGUUUGAAAUUAAAGAGGUUUUGUUAGAACUCACCAGGCAAGAAAAAACUGAGGAAACAGUGCUUGUAUUUGAUGUAAUGCAUCUUGGGACAGAAGCAACUGUCAGAACGUAUAAUUUAGCAGCUGUAUCAUAUUUGAAGACAAUAAGCUUGGAUUACUAUGAAAUUGGAGGAAAAAAAGCACCCCUUCAUCUCAUUAGCUCAUCAGAUAAACCUGGCUUAGACCUUCUGAAGGUAGAAUAUAUCAAGGCUGACAAAAAUGGUCCACACUUUCAGACUAUUUUUGACAACACUGAACAGAAGAUUCAAGUAGCUUUUUCGUCACUAAAUAUUCUGCUGCAUACAGAGGCCCUUAUGUCUGCUGUCAGUUUUCUAACAACUGUUAGUCCAUCAGGAAGUAGAAGUAGUAGAGAGACACCAACUAAAGAAGAAAAACAACGAGAUGACCUUACGCUAAAGAAAGUGACAAGACCUUCUAAGGAUAAGGAUGUCUUUGCCUUCAAGCUUUUUGCCAAGCUGGAUGCCUUUUGUUUAAGUCUUUGUGAUGAGAAAAAGAACAUUGCAGAGAUCAAGAUUCAAGGUCUUGAUUCAUCUCUUCUUCUUCAGUCAAAUCAAACGGAAUUCUUUGCCCGACUAAAGGAUAUAGUUGUCACAGAUGUUGAUACAAGGACCCUUCAUAAAAAAGCUGUAUCUAUAGUAGGAGAUGAAGUUUUCAGUUUCAGUCUGAUAUUAUUUCCAUACGCUACUGAGGGAGAAGCCUAUACUGAUAUGUCAAAAGUGGAUGGUACCGUAUCUUUGAAAGUAGGCUGUAUUCAAAUAGUAUACCUUCACAAAUUUCUUGUAUCUUUGCUGGCCUUCUUGAACAACUUCCAGACAGCUAAGGAGGCACUGAGUGCUGCUACGGUCCAAGCUGCGGAAAAGGCUGCUACCAGUGUAAAAGAUCUGGCUCAAAGGAGCUUUCGACUUGCCAUGGACAUUCACUUAAAAGCACCGGUUAUAGUCAUUCCUCAGUCCUCAGUUUCCUUCAAUGCUAUAGUAGUAGAUCUUGGCUUGAUUAAGGUUCAGAACCAGUUUAGCUUGGUGUCUCCAGAAGGCAGUUUGCUUCCUCCAGUCAUUGACAAAAUGGAUGUGCAGCUGACUAAGCUGAAACUGUCUAGAACCACUAUGGAGGCAGGUUUAUCGCAUCAGGACAUUCAGAUACUUCGCCCUAUUAAUUUGAGCCUGUCUGUCAGUCGGAAUCUAGCUGCAGCUUGGUUUCACAAAUUGCCAAUAUUGGAGAUCACAGGGUAUCUGGAUGCAAUGAAUGUUGUAGUAAGUCAAGAGGAUUUGAAUGUCUUCCUCAAAGUGUUGACAGAAAACCUUGGUGAAGCAGAAGAAAAACAAACUAAUGCAAAACAAGUACUGCAAGAGGAAGGUAAAAACAAAGGAAGGGAGAAAUCGAUCUUGAUGCAGAAUAAGAGCGUUUCAGAAGGAACACUGUCUGAAAAGAGAAAAGGAACAUUAAAUGAAGAUGUUAUCAAUGUGCUGCUUAAUUUUGAAAUCAAAGAGGUUGUAAUAACCUUGAUGAAACAAGUUCAGAAGGAGAGGUAUCCAUUACACAUUCUAAAUGUACUGCAGCUUGGAACUGAAACCAAAAUCAGAAAUCAUGAGUUGACUGCAGCAGUAUAUCUGAAAAAAAUCAUUAUGAAAUGCACUGAAAUAACUGACUCAAAUGGAGAUCCUCUCUGUAUUAUUAAUUCUUCAAGUAAGACAGAUGAACCUCUUCUGAAAAUGGAAUACAUUAAGGCAGAUGCAGAUGGACCUGAUUUUGUUACUAGUUACAGUAGCACCAAGCAAAACAUUGAUGUUGUCUUUUCAUGUUUGGAUAUAGUACUUCACACAGAGGCUUUAAUUUCCAUCAUGAGUUUUCUCACCUUCAGUGUUCCAUCAGGUGCUCUUCCCAGCACUGAUAAAGCACCAGACCACAAACCUCAAACAGAUGAAAAAGAAAAAGAAAGUGCCCUCAGACCAGCCUCUAGUAAUGAUACCCAUGAUGAUAUCUGUGAGUUCAAACUUACUGCAAAUCUAAAUGCCUUCAAUAUUUCAGUCUGUGAUCAGACUUGUAGAAUUGCAGACAUUAGAAUACAAGGAAUGGAUGCAUCUGUAGCUAUGAAAACUAAAAAGAUAGAAGUGUUCUCCAGACUUGAAGACAUCAUAAUUACAAACGUUGAUCCGAAAACAAUCCAUAAAAAGGUGGUCACCAUUGUAGGAGAUGAAGUCUUCAGAUUUCAAAUGUCACUUUAUCCAGAUGCUACUGCAGGAGAAGCCUAUGUUGAUAUGUCAAAGGUGGAUGGUAAAAUGUCUCUGAAAGUGGGCUGCAUCCAAAUAGUUUAUCUACAUCAAUUCUUCAUGUCUCUCUUGAACUUCCUAAACAACUUCCAAGCUGCCCAAGAAGCCCUGAAUGCAGUCACCGUCCAGGCGGCGGAAAUGGCUGCUUCCAGCAUGAAAGACUUUGCUAAGAAGAGUUUCCGUCUCUUAAUGGAUAUCAACUUGAAAGCUCCAGUUAUAGUUGUUCCUGAAUCUUCAACUUCCUGUAAUGCUUUGGUAGCUGAUCUUGGCUUAAUCAGAGUUCAGAAUGAAUUCAAAUUUGUGUCUUCAGAUGAAUCUUCCCUUCCUCCAGUCAUUGACAACAUGGACGUGCAGCUAACUCAUUUGAAACUAUCAAGAUGCAUUUUAUCUGCAGAUUCUCAACCAGAUUCUGAAAUUCUCUGUCCUGUGAGUUUGACUUUACUGGUCCAGAGAAAUUUAGCAGCAACUUGGUAUCAUAAAACUCCAACGAUUGGCAUCAAAGGAGACCUAAAACCAAUGCAGAUAGCUCUCAGUCAAGAUGAUCUAACUGUUGUCAUGAAAAUUUUACUUGAGAACCUUGGAGGAGCUUCUUCCCAGCCAAAUACUGUGCAACAGAGCACUGAAGAUAACCAGAUGGUUAGAAAAGGGAAGGUUCCAGAUGAAUCUGGUAUCUCUGAGGGACAAGAAAACGUUUCUACAUCUCAGUCUUCUGCAGAAUGUUAUACAGUGCUUAGAUUUGACUUCAAUUUUCAGUCGCUUUCAGUAACUCUCUACAAUAGUGACAUGAAUCAGAAGUCCCUGCUUUCUCUACAUAAUGAGAAAUUACGUCUUGGUGAACUCCGACUGCAUCUCAUGGCAUCAUCAGGGAAGAUAUCUUCUGAUGGUUCAGUGGAUGUGAGUGUUAAACUUAAGGCAUGUACUCUGGAUGAUCUUAGGGAAGGAAUUCAGAAUGUGACAGCAAGAAUGAUAGACAAGAAAGAUGACACAAAUGACAGUUCUAUGAUAGAUAUGAGUUACAAACAGGAUAAAAAUGGAACUGAAGUUGUUGCUAUCCUUGACAAGCUGUACGUGUGUGCCAGUAUGGAGUUCUUACUGGCAGUAGCAGAUUUUUUCAUUAACUCCAUGCCAACAUCCUCAACAGAACGAUCAACACAGCUCCAUUUGAAGAAUGUUACUUCUGGUAAAUCAAAGCCAGAAACAGAAAUACCUGUAUGGCCAAAUACGAAAGUAAAAGCUGUGAUCAUGGAUCCAGAAAUUGUGUUUGUUGCUAAUUUGACCAGUGCUGAUGCCCCUGCCUUAAAAGUUUCCUUCCAAUGUGACUUUUCUCUGACAUUGGGAAAGCUUGCACAAAGGAUGACUGCUCAAGUGAAGGACUUCAAAGUAUUGGCUUGUGCUUUUCUCAGAGAAAAACAAGACAAGAGUGUAACUAAGGUGUUACAACCAUGUUCUUUGGUCAUGGAAAACAUGAUGCAUGUUUCAGGGUUGCAGACUGUGGUUGUAACAAUAGAAGAGCUUACUAUAAAGAUCUCACCAAUAAUUCUGAAUACUGUGGUGACCAUUAUGGCUGCCAUAAAACCAAAAACAACAGAGGAGGAUUCUAAAGGAGCAACUGAAGUUCCUGAAAAUUUGUGGCAAGUGAAGCCUAUAGAUCAGUGCAAUGCUUGGUUUCUUGGUGUUGAUGUAGCCACAGAAGCAACAGAAACUUUUAAGGACCGUGAACAUGCUGUGAAACAAGAGAAGUUUGACAUUGUAGUGAAAUCUGUUCAGAUCACCUUGGAAUGUGGGCUGGGACAUCGUACUGUCCCCUUAUUGUUAGUAGAGUCUGCAUUUUCAGGUGUCAUUAAGAACUGGUCCUCACUGAUGGAAGUCUCUGCUGAUAUGUCGCUGGAGAUUCAUUAUUACAAUGAAACUUAUGCAGUGUGGGAACCUCUAAUUGAAAGAAUUGAAGGAGGAAGGAAGCAAUGGAGUUUAAAGCUGGAAAUGAAGACUAACCCUGUCCAAGAAAGAAGUUUGAUGCCUGGAGAUGACUUCAUCGUUUUUCCUGAGCCACAAACUGCAGUUAACAUCUCUUCAAAGGAUACAAUGAAUAUAACAAUAUCCAAAUGUUGUCUUGCUGUAUUCAGUAAUUUAGCCAAGGCAUUUUCGGAAGGGACUGCAUCUACAUUUGACUAUUCCUUUAAAGAUACAGCUCCUUUCAUAGUGAAAAACGCCCUUGGUGUUCCUCUCAAAGUGUUUCCUAGCUCCAGUUUUCGGAUCGUUAAUUCAGCUGAAAAAGAAAAUGUGCACUGUGUAGAAAGUGGUCAGAACAUGGAACUGGAGUACUCGGUUUUUGAAGCUCCUCAACACAGAAAGCUGUCUGCGUUGUACCGACAGGAGAGCUCUGUCUUCUCUUUAAAUUUAGAACUGGAAGGAUACAAAGAAGUGGUAAACAUUCCCAUUGCCAAACCAGGUCGACGACUGUACAACAUAAAAUGCCUUCUUGAUGGUCAUUCAGAUUCUAUCAUUGUACAGGUUGAUGCUACAGAAGGAAAUAAGGUUAUUACUGUGCGAUCUCCUCUACAGAUUAAGAACCACUUCUCCAUCCCAUUUGUAAUCUAUAAACUGGCUAGAGACUCCAGAUUGCUGGAGCCAAUUGGCAUAUCCAAGCCUGAAGAGGAAUUUCAUGUUCCUUUACAUUCAUACAGGUGUCAUCUGUAUGUUCGACCAACGGGGAUAUUAGAGGGUCAGUUCAGAGAGUCUACAACUAAUAUUGCUUGGAGAGAAGAGCUCCAUAGGAGCAAUGAAGUAAAGUGCUUGUUACAGUGCCCAGACACCGAGCCAAAUUUCUUGCCUCUAAUAGUCAGCACAACAGCAGUACCUGAUCAGUUAAACUAUAUUUCAGCAUAUGGAGAGGAAUGGGAUCCUGCCUACAUUAUCCACCUUCACCCUACACUGACUGUGAGGAAUCUUCUGCCAUACUACUUAAGAUAUUUACUGGAGGGAACAGCAGAAGCUCGUGAAUUGCAGGAAGGGAGCGCUGCAGAUGUUUUUCAUUCCAGAAUCAAUGGGGAAAUAAUGGAGCUUGUGUUGAUAAAAUAUCAAGGCAAAAACUGGAAUGGCCAUCUUAAAAUUCAUGAAGGAAUGCCUGAAUUUUUUUCAGUAUGUUUUACAUCCCAUUCUGCAACAGUGAUGACAGUGGACUUGUACAUACAUACCAGGCGAAUUGGAAGCCGUAUGAUCUUAUCUGUCUUCAGUCCUUACUGGAUAAUCAACAAGACUUCUCGUAUUCUUCAGUAUCGAGCUGAAGACAUUCAUGUGAAGCAUCCAGCAGAUUACAGAGAUAUUGUUUUGUUCUCCUUUAAGAAGAAAAACAUUUUCAGUAAAAAUAAGAUCCAGUUAUGUAUUUCAACGAGCACUUGGUCCAGUAGCUUUUCCCUUGAUACUGUAGGAAGCUAUGGAUGUGUCAGGUGUUCAGCUAACAACAUGGAAUAUCUGGUUGGAGUCAGUAUCAAAAUGAGCAGUUUUAACCUUACCAGGAUAGUUACCUUCACUCCAUUCUACACAAUAGCAAACAAAUCUUCUCUGGAGCUAGAAGUUGGUGAAAUUGGUCCUAAUGGCUCUCUUCCAACUAACAAAUGGAAUUAUAUCUCAACUUCAGAGUGUCUUCCAUUCUGGCCUGAAAACUCAUCUGGUGAACUUUGUGUAAGAGUAGUUGGCUUUGAAAGUGCAUCCAAACCAUUCCUGUUUAAAGUCCCAGAUAAUGGCACGCUGCUGAAGCUGGAAGAAUUGACAGGGGGCUUAUUGGUAGAUGUGAAUGUGACAGAGCACUCUACUCUUAUAAGCUUCUCAGAUUACCAUGAGGGAGCUGCUCCAGCUCUUAUUGUUAACCAUACUUCAUGGGAUUCCCUCAGAUAUAAACAGAGUGGAUUACAGGAGGAAAUGGAGUUGAAACCAAAGCAAGUAUGCCUGUUUGCAUGGACAGAUCCAACUAAAACAAGAAAAUUGUCUUGGGGCUACUCUCAAAGCUUUGGUGAACAUGAUCUACUGAAGGAUGAAUGUGGCCAAUUUCCAUACAAUGCAAAUACUCAGAUACACUGGGUUUCUUUCCUGGAUGGUCGCCAACGGGUGCUGCUUUUCACAGAUGAUGUUGCAUUGGUUUCCAAAGCAUUACAAGCUGAAGAGCUAGAGCAGCCUGAUCAAGAAAUAAACUUGUCAAUUCACAGUCUUGGACUUUCUCUUGUUAACAAUGAAAAUAAGAAAGAAAUCUCUUACAUAGGAAUUACUAGUUCUGGUGUUGUUUGGGAACAGAAACGGAAGCAGAAAUGGAAGCCAUUUAAUCAAAAACAAAUAAACCUACUGGAACAAGCCUAUCAGAAGUAUCUUUGUAAGAGUGCUUUCCAAGGUCCAGGUUGGCAUAAGCUAGACAACAGUACAGAGGUGAAUUUUAGUAAGGUCCCAAUGGAAAUGCGCCUCCCAGUUAAAUGCAGCAUCCGACGUAACUUCCUGUCAGGAAUUCAAGUUGAAUUCAAGCAGUCACCUCACCAAAGAAGCUUACGAGCUCAGUUGUAUUGGCUGCAGGUUGAUAAUCAGUUACCAGGAUCGAUGUUUCCUGUCGUGUUUCACCCAGUAGCCCCUCCCAAGUCAAUUGCUUUGGACUCAGAACCAAAACCAUUCAUUGACGUCUGUGUUAUCACUAGAUUUAAUGAGUACAGCAAAGUACUGCAAUUCAAAUACUUCAUGGUUCUUAUCCAGGAAAUGGCACUGAAAAUUGACCAAGGGUUUUUAGCAGCACUUAGUGAACUUUUUACUCCAUCUACAGAUCCAGAAGCUGAAAGGCAAAGGUCUAAACUAAUUCAGGAAGAUAUGGAUGCACUUAACACUGAACUAAUGGAGUCUUCCUUGACAGACUUGUCAAUGCUGAGCUUUUUUGAGCUAUUUCAUAUUUCUCCGAUUAAGUUGCAUUUGAGUCUGUCUCUCGCUUCUGGUGGAGAAGCAUCAGAUAAGAGUGAAGAAAUGAUAGCCAUCCAUUCUCUUAAUUUACUUUUGAAAAGUAUUGGAGCUACUCUAACAGAUGUGGAUGAUCUUAUUUUCAAACUUGCAUUCUUUCAAAUUAAAUAUCAGUUCUACAAGAGAGACCAACUGAUGAAGAGAGCUGUUAGACAUUAUAGCGAACAAUUCCUGAAACAGAUGUAUGUUCUUGUACUUGGGUUAGAUGUUCUUGGAAACCCAUUUGGCUUAAUCAGAGGUCUGUCUGAAGGAGUUGAAGCUUUCUUUUAUGAGCCUUUCCAGGGUGCUGUUCAAGGACCUGAAGAAUUUGCUGAGGGCUUUGUAAUUGGUGUUAGAAGUCUUCUCGGACAUACAGUGGGUGGUGCUGCAGGGGUGGUGUCUAGGAUCACUGGUUCUGUAGGGAAAGGUUUAGCAGCCAUUACUAUGGAUAAAGAAUAUCAGCAAAAACGGAGAGAGGAAAUGGGUCGUCAGCCAAGAGACUUCGGCGACAGCCUGGCCAAAGGAGGAAAAGGCUUGUUACGGGGUGUUGUUGGGGGUGUGACAGGAAUAAUUACUAAACCUGUAGAAGGGGCUAAAAAAGAAGGUGCAGCUGGGUUCUUUAAAGGAAUUGGAAAGGGACUUGUAGGAGUGGUUGCUCGCCCAACGGGUGGCAUCGUAGAUAUGGCCAGCAGUACCUUCCAGGGAAUUCAAAGGGUGGCAGAAUCAACAGAAGAAGUACCUAAUCUCCGCCCUCCACGUCUCAUUCACGAAGAUGGCAUCAUCCGGCCAUACGAUAGGGUGGAAGCCGAGGGUUAUGAUUUAUUUGAGAAAUUACACAUAAGAAAGCUGGAAAAAGAGAACUACCGAUACCACUGUGCACUUCCAAGAGGCCGAAGGGCAGCAAACCUUAUUGUUACCAAUAGGAGGGUGAUAUAUGUAAAAGAGGUGGAAAUCUUAGGUCACUUAUCAGCAGAGUGGGAUUACUUAUUUGAAGACUUUAUACGCUGGCCUACCUGUGAAGGGAAUGUUUUAAAACUAACUGUUUCGGAUCAAGGGAUGUUCCAAAGGAAGGACAGUGUAGGUCAUGAAUGUGUAAAGGCAGUUCAACUUCAGGAUGAAGCUACAGCAAGGAGCGUUUGUGUUGCCAUUGAGGAAGCAUGGGCAACGAGAAAACAACAAAAUCUGGUGAAGCAAGCGUCGCUGCGGUUGAAGAAACCACAAAUGCUGUCUUGAUAAUAACAGGAUUUGUCGGGUUUGACCUUUGGCAUACAAUCUUAUCAUUAAAGUUGAUUUGAAACAACAUACAAGCAUUUUGCAGAAAAUACAGAUGAAAUAACCGAGGUCUUCCUUUGCUGUUAAUUGUCAUAACUCUUUAUUUUAAAAAGCUAUGUGUUUUGCCAAAACUAUGGAUUUUGUUACUAGAUAAGCAUCUAAAAUUUACAACUUGUGAUAAAAAGUUUUCCUACUCUGAAAUUUCCUUUUCUGCUUCUUUUUUUGUAAAUAGGUUCUCUAAGAUAAAAUGGUUAUCUAAUUUGUGCUCUAAGGUUGUGGUUUACAGGCACAUUGCAGUGAUCACGGUUCUAGCAUUUUGCAAACUCAAGUACUUAAGUAAGUAAAAACCAGUUAAAAACUUAAUUUUAAGCAACAUUCUGUUAAAGAUAAACAAUGUAGCUACUCUAAUUUAAUCUGUCUGCUUAGUUUCCUGAAAGUGCUGUGCUAGAGUAACAUAAAAAUGACUAUGAAAUGAAUGAAAUAGACUACUGCUGCAUAGAGGUAUUUACUUUCGAAUGUUGUCGUUUAUACUGCAAAUAUAAAUCUGCACUUUAAAGAUGGAAAAUACUAUUUAUCUGUCAUGAGAAUGUAUAUGUUUUUGGUUAUAUCACGAUAGAUAAAAGAAUUCUCCAGGAGGAACUGUAUAGUUUUUAGAAAAUAUUGUAUGCCAAAUGCAUAAAUCAAAGCAAUUUGAUUUAUUUUGUUUUCAGUAUUUCAGUGUAUAGCUAUUUCACUGCAAGAGUACCAUCUAAGUCACUUCUCAUAUUACUUUCUGUUGCAGUUUUUCUUCUUGAGGACUCUUAGAAUACAGUUUAGUAAGAUACUUAAGCAUAUUCAAAGCAUAGUUCUUAAUGGGAUGGAUAAUCCUGCAGACGUCAUUGAGACAAGUUCUGUUCUUAACACAAGGCAUACACAAGGUAACUGUCUGUGUCAGAGACUGUGAGAGCAAAAGGGUUUCAGUUCAAUGAACUUAGUUUAUUAAGCGCUCUUGCUAAAGUGCCCUUACAUAUACCUACUCUUAAAAAUGUGUUAUUCCCAUCAUAUUUCACUUAAAGACCAUCAGUGAAUGAUUUCUAUUUCUUUUCUCUUUUUACUUUAUUUUAUCAUUUUGUACUGGAUAUGACCUCAGAAUAAAAAUGGCAAUAUUCUUGCAUAGAUCUGUUUUGUAAGUGGAGCAAUUGUGAGAGCUAGGCCUGGGUUUUUGACCUUUCCUUAUAUUUAAGGGCUAGUGGAUUCUAUAAAUGUGCUCUGAACUCACAGCUAUGAUCUCAUAAAAAUUAGAGAGCUUAAGAUAGUUGAUCCAAUUGAAGAUAGUUGAAUCCAAUUAAGAUAGUUGAAUCCAAUGAUUCAAUUGCUAUGAGGGGGAGAAAUGUGGUAUACAAUGUUUGUUGUUGAUUCUGUGAUAACACCUAUUUUCUACAUUCUACUUAAACAUUAAUGAGAUCUGCUACCUAAGUUGUAUGUAUUUCAAGCCUUGUUUAAAUGAUAUUAUAUAGAGAGACAAUAAAUUUUUAUAUGCAA